AUGCUGAUUGCAACGAUUUAUGAACUCGUUAGGAUCGUUGAAAGUUUUGUUAUUGAUGCACUUUGUAGUUUCAAUUGUACAGUUAAAAUCUUAUUGUUUCUUACAUCCGCGUCAACAAUGAACUUAUUGAACACCAACAAAACAAUUAGCAUUUCUACAACUGUUGAUGACGAGGUGAUUCGGCAAAGUUCAAGAUUUACCUUUGGUUUGUUCGUGUAUCGACACAAUCCCUGCGUGAUGUUACAUAAAGAAAGUACACACAUGUUAGUCGACAGGGCAAAUUGA